AUGGCUAUUAUCAAGAAGGGAGCCCGUACCAAAACCGCUGCAGCUCCCGAAAAGAGAUCUGCAAGGAUCAAGAAGGCCUCGUUCGAUACAACGAAGAGGAAAGAAGUUGGUGUUUCUGAUUUAACGCUAUUAUCCACCAUUUCUGAUGAAGCAAUCAAUGAAAAUUUAAAGAAGAGAUUUAAAAACGGUGCCAUUUAUACCUAUAUCGGCCAUGUCUUAAUCAGUGUGAACCCUUUCAGAGAUCUUGGUAUCUAUACUGAUGCUGUUCUCGAAAGUUAUAGAGGUAAGAAUAGACUAGAAGCACCACCUCAUGUCUUCGCCAUCUCGGAAUCCAUGUACUACAACAUGAAAGCAUAUAAUGAAAAUCAGUGUGUUAUCAUUUCUGGUGAAUCUGGUGCAGGUAAGACUGAAGCCGCCAAGAGAAUUAUGCAGUAUAUUGCAGCUGCAUCUACUACUCAUACCGAAUCUAUCGGGAAGAUUAAGGAUAUGGUCUUGGCUACCAAUCCUCUACUGGAAUCCUUUGGUUGUGCAAAGACACUUCGGAAUAAUAACUCUUCGAGACAUGGUAAGUAUUUAGAAAUUCGUUUCAAUUCUUUAUUCGAACCAAUAGCAGGUAAUAUUACGAAUUAUCUUUUGGAAAAGCAAAGAGUCGUAGGCCAAAUUAAAAAUGAAAGAAAUUUCCACAUUUUUUACCAAUAUACCAAAGGUGCAACCGAAAACUACAGGCAACUAUUUGGUGUCCAAAGUCCAGAACAGUACGUUUAUACUUCAAGAGCUGGAUGUACAUCUGUGGAGGGUAUUGAUGAUACAAAGGAUUUCCAGGCGACAUUGGCGGCUAUGAGAGUGAUUGGUCUAUCACAGGAAGAACAGGAUGAGAUCUUUAGAGUAUUGGCCGCCAUUCUUUGGACUGGUAACAUUACUUUCAUGGAGAAUGAUGAAGGUAAUGCACAAGUGAGGGAUACGUCCGUGACAGAUUUUGUAGCAUACCUAUUACAAGUGGACUCACAACUGUUGGUUAAAUCCUUGGUAGAAAGAAUCAUGGAGACCAACCACGGUAUGAGGAGAGGUUCUGUUUACCAUGUUCCUUUAACCACUGUACAUGCUACUGCAGUUAAAGAUGCACUUGCUAAGGCACUUUACAAUAAUCUGUUUGAUUGGAUCGUGGAUAGGGUUAACCAAUCUUUACAGGCAUAUCCAGGUGCAGAGAAAUCUAUCGGUAUUCUCGAUAUUUAUGGGUUUGAAAUUUUUGAACAUAAUUCUUUUGAACAGAUUUGCAUCAAUUAUGUUAACGAGAAAUUACAACAAAUUUUCAUUCAAUUAACCUUGAAGCAAGAACAAGAAGAAUAUGCAAGAGAAAAGAUCCAAUGGACUCCUAUCAAGUAUUUUGAUAAUAAAGUGGUGUGUGAUUUGAUCGAAGGGAGAAGGCCUCCUGGUAUCUUUGCCAUGAUGAACGAUUCUGUCGCAACCGCCCAUGCAGACCCAAGUGCUGCCGAUCAAGCAUUUGCGGGUCGUCUAAGUAUGUUUGCAUCUAACCCACAUUUUGAGAUGAGAUCUUCCAAAUUCAUCAUUAAACACUAUGCUGGUGAUGUGACAUACGAUGUACAUGGUAUUACUGAUAAAAACAAGGACCAGUUGCAAAAGGACUUGGUUGAAUUGAUCGGAACCUCUGCAAACCCAUUUAUAAACAAUAUCUUCCCUGACACUACGGAUAAGACUUCAAAGAGAAGACCACCAACUGCAGGUGACAGAAUUAUCAAGAGUGCCAACGAAUUGGUUGACACUCUGUCAAAGGCCCAACCUUCCUACAUCAGAACCAUUAAACCUAAUCAAACGAAAUCUCCUCAGGAUUACGAUGAUCACCAAGUGUUACAUCAAGUAAAGUACUUAGGUUUACAGGAAAAUGUCCGGAUCAGAAGAGCUGGUUUCGCUUAUAGACAGGUGUUUGACAAAUUCGUGGAAAGAUUCUAUCUAUUAUCGCCUCGUUGUUCUUACGCAGGUGAGUACACGUGGGAGGGUGAUGUGCUCGAGGCAGUUGAUAUGAUUUUACAAGAUGCUGCUAUUCCUCAAAAAGAAUUCCAAUUGGGUGUGACCAGCGUGUUUAUCAAGACCCCUGAAACUUUGUUUGCAUUAGAAAAUAUGAGAGACAGAUUCUGGCAUAAUAUGGCAGCAAGAAUCCAACGUGCUUGGAGACGUUUCAACCAAAAGAGAGUGGACUCUGCUAUAAAAAUUCAAAGAGCUGUUAGGGAAAAAAGCAGCGGUAAUGAAUUUGAACAGUUCCGUGACCAAGGUCAUAAACUGCUAGGUGGUAGAAAGGAGAGAAGAACAAUGUCAUUAUUGGGUUACAGAGCAUUCAUGGGUGAUUACUUGUGCACUAAUGAGCGUAAAUCUAAAGGUGCUUAUAUUAAGAGACAAGCAGGUAUCAAGGAGAGAACGGUUUUUUCCAUGUAUGGUGAUAUGUUGCAUACUAAAUUUGGUCGUUCCGCGCAAAGGUUAAAGAAGACCUUUAUCUUGACUUCAAGACACUUUUACAUUAUAGGCCAAGUCAUGCAGCAGAAUACUUUAAGAUAUUCAGUGGACUAUCAGAUCGACAUAAGUAAUGUUCGUUCCGUAUCUUUGACCAAUUUACAAGAUAACUGGGUCGCCAUCAACCUACUAAAUGCCACCGAGCCCGAUCCUCUUAUCAACUGUAUUUUCAAGACUGAGUUAAUUACACAGAUGAAGAGACUCAACAGUAAUAUCCAUAUCAAGAUUGGACAAACCAUAGAGUACCGUAAAAAACCAAAGAAGAUUCACAUCGUUAGAUGUCAGGUGGAUGAUAGUGCGCCCUUGCGUGGUGAUAUCUACAAAUCUAGUACAGUCCUGGUACGUCGCGGUAAUCCAGCAAACUCUGUUUCCAACAAGAAACCAAAGAACGUUGGUGGAUUCACUAGAACAACGAUUAAGAAACGUAGGAGCGUGAAGAAGCCAGUACCACCUCCACCAGCUACCAGAACGGCCAAGAAAGCAGCUCCCCCACCACCAAAGCAAUUAAAUCCUGCUUCUCUAGCAGCUUCUGCUGCACAAACGGCUUAUCACCCUAGUAAUUUAGGUGCUAGCAAACCGGUACCACCCCCUGCACAACGUUCAAUGAAUUCUUCAGUUCCACGUCCUGCUCCACGUACUAUGCCUGUGCGUAAUGCACGUACAACUGCUCCACGUCAACCAGCGGCUCCAACUGCAGCAUAUCAGCCAGCGGCUCCAACUGCAGCAUAUCAGCCAGCGGCUCCAACUACAGCAUAUCAACCAGCGACAGUACCUCGUGCUACACCAAAUCCAGCAGAUACCGCACAAGCUCCUACCAGCAACCCAGUUCCCCAUGUUCAACAAUCUAAUGGAGCUGCACCACCACCACCUCCCCCACCUCCAAUGCCUAAAGCGGCACCUGCAGAACCUUUAUACGAGGCUGCUUACGAUUUCCCAAGUUCGGGUUCUCCAUCUGAGAUGCCGUUGUCUAAAGGUGAAGUUGUAUACAUCACUAGAAAUGAGCCAAGUGGUUGGUCACUUGCCAAGACAUUAGAUGGCUCUAGAGAAGGGUGGGUACCCACUGCUUACAUGACUGAACAUGCUGUUGGAAGCACAGUUUCAUCCACUACGACACAAGCAGCUUCGUCAACGCCUGUCGUGAAUCAUCAAUCUGGUCAAGAACCUACGCCGGAACCUUCUCCAGUUCAAAAGGAGCCUGUCGCCCAACAAUCAACUUUUAAUGACGGUCUCGCAUCUGCUCUUGCUGCUAGGGCCAACAAGAUGAGGGUAGAGAGUGAUGAGGAAGGCGCAGCUAACGAGGAAGAAGAAGAAGACGAUGACUGGUAA